AUGGAUGAUGGUGCUGGUGAUGCGGCUCCCGUCGUGGCUUGGCAACCAGGCGACAAGGCGGUGCUGCACUUUCGAACCACAAAUACGGCCACGGGGCAUGUGCUUGACGACACACGCAAGAUGCACCUGGGCCCCUUUGAGCUUCGGGUCGGCAAGAGCUUCCUUGUGGAGGAAUGGGAGCAGGUGGUCAAAACCAUGAAGGUGGGGGAGAAGCGCAAGUUCACUGCCGCAGACGAGACCGUGCGCCAAUACCCGCAGCUGGCCCGCGUACUGCGCAAGGAGAGCGAGCGCAAGCAUGCGGAGGAGCACGGGCAUGAGUUUCACGACACGCCGAGAACGCCGACCUGCUGCUUCCACCACAUGGCGCAUGACAAGGAGAACGCCGACCUGCUUGACCUCGCGCCCGGCUGCCUCGACUGCGAAGUUGUGGUUUUGUUGGAGAAAGCGAACACCUUCGAAAAGGAGCUGUGGGAAAUGACAUUGGAGGAGAAGCUGACGAAAUUGCCGCAAUUGAAGGAGCAAGGCAAGGCUGCGUUUGUGGCAAAGCAGUACGAGGCGGCUGCGGAGAAAUACACGCGCGCGCUCGCCCUCAUUGAGAACCUCGCCAACAAGCAGCACCUCGACCCGACACACAUGGACGAAGACAAGAAUCCGGACGACAAUGCCAUUCGCAACCUCGCUGCGCGCAUCAGCAAAGCACUGGGCGCGGCAGCCAAGAAGGACAAUCAGCUCUACAAGAAUAUGUUCAAGGCCGCCAUGAAGUGAUCUGAUGCACCAUGUGGUGUAAUGUGUGUCUCCCCGACCGUUAUCAAGCAAACGUGACCCACUGGUUUAUUUUUGUCUGUCAACUGCACACAUUUUCGUUCCUCUAUGUCUUCUGCUUCUGUCUGUCUGUCUGUCUGUCUGUCUGUCUCUAUGUGCCUCCGCACUCGUUUUAGCCAAACAGGCGUAUGUCGGUGCUGUCUGCCUGCCAUGCCAUGCACACAAACUUUUCAUGUCAAUAGAUGCA